AUGGAUAAUUCAAGUGCAAGCAGUGAUUCGUUCAGUGGAUGCGAAAUUAAGGAUGUAUCAUCAAAUCGGUCAUUUACGAAUAAGAAAAAGUUAACAAAUUCCGAUCGUCUACGAGAAAAGAUCGCAUUGAUAAAAAGGGAAACGACGAAGUAUGGCGUUUAUUCAGCGUGUCACAUGGCCGCUUGCGAAUUUAGAUAUACAGGUAAAGGCGAUUCAGCUCGCUGUGACAGGUGUGGACUUAUAGUAGACAAUUGGACAAUGGAUAUGAAUCCUCUUAACGUUCAUGCUGAUAGAAGCUCCUCUUGCCCAUUUGUUCAAUCUAUAAAAUCAUCGUCUUCAUCAAUAUUGCCUGUGUCUCCUUCUUCUUCCUCAACAAUUACUGUUGAGAACUCACUAACAUCAUCUGGUAGACCAGAAAGUUACUCUAAACGAAUGAAAACUGAACCAGGCGAGUCGCUGUCUCCGGCCAUCUCGUUAUUCGAAACCAAUUUGCUUCAACAAGUGCGCAAACGAACUUUCUCUCAUUGGCCGCAUCGCACAGACCGAUCAAUAACACGAAUGAUAGAAGCUGGAUUCUUCAGUUGUAACGUUGGCGAUCAAACUAUAUGCAUCUAUUGCGGUCUUCUGUGCAAACAAUGGACUGACAAUGAUGAUCCAUGUGAGAUACAUAAACUAUGUUCACGUACGUGCCCAUAUGUCUGUGCCAAACUGAAACGAACAAAAGAAGUACAAUCUGUUUUUGAAAGACAGCGGCAAAAUCAGACGAGCUUAGCUGUCAGCACAGAACAGUUAUCCAUACCUGACCAAGCAACUUUGGAUGCAUUGCUUAAGGCACGACUUGAUCUACCUAUCUCAUGCCAUCUGCGCAACGAAGGUUUUGAAUUUUCGAUCGUGAGUCAAUGCUGGAAAAACCAAUUAGAACUAAAAAAAGACGAUUUUGCUGAUGAUAUGGACUUGUACAUUGCUUGUGUUAUUCUACAAAAACAGAAUGAACACAAUAAUCAAGAUAAAUCUGUUGUGAUCCCAGAAAACAUUAAAAAACAAAACGAAUCACGAUCUGAAAUGAUAAACAUUACUACUGAGAGCAGCUCAUCAAGAAGUCCUGAUAUCGUUAAUGAAAAUCGAAGCAGUUAUUCAGCCCAAGCAAAUCUAUGUGAUAUCUGUCUGACUGAACAAAGGCAACAUGUUUGUCUACCAUGUGGACAUAUGUUUACUUGUUCACAAUGCGGACCCACACAGCUUGUAUGUCGGAAAUGCAAGAAAACCAUAAGUACACGUGUCCCAUUGCAGCUGUAA